CAACCCAUUUCGUUGUUAUUUAACACACAAACUAGCAACCAAACAAACAAAAACACAAAGAUGAGCCUUCAACACUUUAGCCAUCAACAUCCACUGGUGUUCAUUGAAAGCCAUGGCCACGAAAUUGAAAAGGUGAACUGCUCAGGAUGUGGGGAGUCAGUGUCAGGUUCCAGCUUUGGUUGUGUGGAGUGUGGGUUUUAUCUACACAAGCAGUGUGCUGAGGCACCUGCUGAGAUGAAUCACCCUUUCCAUCCCAACCACAACCUUAAUCUUCUUACAAGGAAUCCAUACAAGACCAGUACAGGCACCUGCGAUUUCUGCAGAAAACCCUGUGAGAAUUUUGUUUAUCAUUGUUCUUGCAAUUUAGACUUUCAUAUCAAAUGUGCAUUAUUUUCUCAUAGCAUUGCUGAGAAAAGAAAUGCAGAGUUUCAAGACAUUCCCCGUAUAGAUCCAUCGAUCAAUACAGAAAAUGUUACUGAAGAACUCAAAAAAGCUGAAUGUUUUGCUUGUUGGAAGCCACUAUUAGAUUCUGUAUACCUUUCUCCUAAUUGUGGCUUUUACCUGCAUGCAAAAUGUGUUGAUCUACCAGCAGAAAUCAAUCACCUCUUCCACCAAGAACAUCCUCUCUUUUUACAAUUUAACAGUCAAAGACUCUCUUGCAAGAUUUGUAAAAAACCCCAACGUCCGGGAUUUGUUUAUUGUUGCUCACCUUGCAAAUUUGUCCUUCAUAUCCAAUGUGCCACAGUACCUACCAAAAUCAAUCAGCCUUUCCAUCGCGAACAUCCUGUUCUUCUUCAAAAUGUCAAUGAAUGUCUUCCUUGCCAACUAUGCCAAGAAACCACCAACCUUAAUGAUGUCGUGUAUUUUUGUUCAAUUUGCAAGUUUAUCCUCCAUAGUAGGUGUGUGUCAUCACCACCGAUUAUAGAAGAUAAACUUCAUCAUGAACAUCCAUUUACCCUAUUUUCAAGACAAGUCUCAUUUUGUGAUGCUUGUGGCACUUUAGGGAAUUAUGUUCCUUAUAUUUGUUCCACAUGCGGUAUUUUUGUCCAUAAAAAAUGCAUUUCAAUGCCACGCGUCAUCAAAUUCUUUCGGCACCGGCACCGCAUUUUCCACACAUAUUUCAUUGAACAACGUGAACUUGAAUUUUGGAAAUGUAGAGUUUGCUUGGAGAGGGUGAACACAAAGCAUGGGAGUUACUUCUGUUCUAAAUGCAAUUACAUAGUCCAUGUAAAGUGUGCAACAGAAAACAGUCGUUGGUAUUAUGAGGUUGACUCCACAGAAACAGAAGCGACGGACUCAGAUGAACUUGCCGAUUUGAGAGAAGUUGUGGCAGACACUUGGAUUAAACAUUCAUGGCAUCACCAUAACUUAACACUGAGUGGAGAUAUCAAGAAUUUUAAACAAUGCGACGGUUGCCUUCUACCCAUCGAUACUUCUUAUUAUUGUUGUUCACAAUGUGAUUUCUUCCUCCACAAAGCUUGUGCUGAAUUACCUGUGAAGAAGCAUAUUUGGUUUCACUUUUGCCAAAGGCUUCAUAAACUUACUUCUGGUCGCAUUUUUGAAUGUGGUGUUUGCAACUAUUUAACAAAUGGCUUUGCCUAUUCCUGUGAUGAAUGCAGAAUAAGUUAUUGUUUGCGAUGUUCUUCGGUUUCUGAUUUGGCUAGAUAUCAAGGACAUGAACAUCUUCUCCACCCCUUUCUUUUCAACUAUGAAAAGUUGUGUAAUGCUUGUGGUGAGUUUGUUGGGUUUGCAUAUGCCGCAAUGAGAUGCAAGCCUUGCAAUUUUAAUUUGCACCGAACCUGUCUUACAUUGCCUAUUACAGCUCAACAUAGUUUUGAUGUACAUCCUUUCACACUCACUUAUCACGUUGAUGAUGAAAAUUAUUCAGAAAGUCAUUAUUGUGAUAUUUGUGAAAGAGAAAGGAACCCCAAACAUUGGUUUUAUUAUUGUUCAGCUUGUAACACUUCAGCUCAUCCUAAAUGUGUUCUUCAAGAAUAUCCAUUCAUCAAGCCUGGAAGCAUCUACACAAAAGAAGAUCAUCCACAUCCUCUCACUUUUGUCAAAAAGGUUGAGUUUUAUCCAGAAUGUCAUAGAUGUGGUAAACACUGCCUUGAUCUGUCCCUUCAAUGUAAGACAGUUGGAUGUAGCUAUAUUAUUCAUUGGGAGUGUAGAAAAAACAUAUCAUAUAUGUGAUAAGCACUGCCUUGAUCUUUUCAAUACAAGGCGAAAUGUUUGAAUUUAAUUUAUGAUAUUUCUUUCACAUA